AUGGGUUGGACGGUUACCAGUUUAAACCGUGCCGAGCAGAAGCACAUCCACGCGGCCGCUACCGCCCACUUGCUCUUCACUGAGCAGGAGGCGAGGCCUAGCAAGAAGGCACGCAGGGGUGCUGGCUCCGGCCUGACGGCGUUCGCGCUCCGCCUGGCGAAGCGCCUCGCCGUGGGCGAUGCCGACGACGGUGGCAACCAGAACCAGAACCUCGUCUUCUCGCCGGUGUCCAUCUACACCGCGCUGUCCCUGGUGGCGGCCGGGGCGCGCGGCACCACCCUGGACGAGCUCCUCGCCCUGCUCGGCGCGGCGUCGCGCGACGAGCUCGCGGCGUUCGCCCGCGACGUGCCGGAGCGCGCCCUCGCGGAACAAUCCGGGUCCCGCGACGGCGGCCCGCUUGUCGCCUUCGCGUGCGGGCUCUGGCGCGAGAAGACGGUGGCGCUGAAGCCGGGCUACCUCGCAGCCGCCGUGGAAUCCUACAAGGCCGAGACGCGCUCUGCCGAUUUCUUCAAAAAGCCAGAGAAGUCAAGAAAGAGAAUCAACAGGGAGGGCACGGAGACCAGGCAGUUCCACCUCCUCGACGGCGGCACAGUGCGAGCCCAGUUCAUGCGCGCCCAGAAGGAUCAGGCGGUCGCCACUCACCGAGGCUUCAAGGUGCUCAAGCUAGCGUACCUGCCGUACCGGCUGCCCCACGGGCAGGAGCGGUAUCUCGGUGGGCGCGGAAGCAAGCAGCAAGGCAAGGAGGGGCCACGGUUUUCGAUGUGCGUCUUCCUCCCCGACGCCCGUGACGGCCUACCUGGGCUCAUGGACAAGAUUGCCUCCCGCCCCAACUUCCUCUGGGACCACCUGCCGAAGGAUCGCUGCGAUACCAGCGAGGUGCGGCUGCCCAAGUUCAAGCUCUCCUUCUCCAGCCGAAUCAAUGGCGUUCUUGAGGCCAUGGGGGUGCAAGCUGCCUUUGACCCAGGCAGGGCGGACCUGAAAGACAUGCUCGAGGGUGAUGACCGGCCUCUGGUAUUGGAGCAUGUGUUCCACAAGGCGGUCAUCGAGGUGGACGAGGAGGGGACAGAAGCAGCGGCCUCCACUGCCUGCGUGGUGACGUUGCUAAGUUAUACUACCCCUGUGAACUUUGUCGCGGACCAUCCAUUUGCGUUCUUUGUGGUGGAGGAGGUAUCUGCUACCGUCGUCUUCAUGGGACACGUCCUCGACCCGACGUCAAAACAUUAG